AUGAGAGCAACUCGACCAGCCGACUUUAGGAGAGGAUUUCUCUCAGCUCUGAGUACCAAUUCGAGGAAGACCGGUGCCAAACGAACCACCUCACUCCCCUCUUUCAGUCUCAGCCCAUCACAGCCUCGAUCCGUCGUCGUGGUCACCGAAAACUGCCACGAAACAGGACGGUUUGGACAGUUUUUUACGGAAUUUCAAGGAGCUCGUUCGGACACCUCCGGCCACCAAAUCGGACAAGUGAGAUAUGGUUUUCUAGCUAUUUUCCAUGCUCUAGUUGCUGGUUGGGUAGGAUUUCAAAGAUUUGAAGCGUAG